AUGCUCGGCUUGCAAGCCGACCCGCCGGGCGGCCUGUACCAAGACGUUCCUGGGUUGCCAAACCCAGCGGCCCGUGCCUUUUCGCCGCUAGCGGAUCAGAAGUGGGUGACCAUAGCGCUUUCCUUCCUGAAAGAAGUCGAGACGAUCACCGCUCGCAGGGGAGAGCUUGCUCCACCUGCGUUGCCAAAGCCGGCUGCCGAGGAACAGCUCUCGAAGAAGCAAGCCCGAGCCGCCGCCUGGGCGGCAAAGCGGGCAGCAGCCAGCAACCACCCGGUUGAGGACUCACCUUUGCGACCGGGCCGGGAAUUCAGCUUUUGCCUUUGGGCUUCUUCUUUGGUCAGAUUGGUUCUUAAAAGUGGGACCGCCUUUGGCCGAUUUUUGGGUACCACAUUGCCCUUGUGCCGCGACCCCGAUUUGGAGGUCGCCACCGCUCUCUAUCCGCUUCCCAUCCCUUUUGAAGGCUUGUUCCAGAAGCGGUCCCGAAGGCGCAACGUGAAAAGGCGGCGGACUCACCUGAUCAAGGUAGUGGUCUUUACGGUGGUGAUGUCCCUCAACUUCCUUCACUCAGGCGGGAAGCACAUUCCCCACCUUUUCCUUCGGAGGCCCCCCUCCUCUGCCCAGAGUUCUGCUUUCGGCCACCUGGAGGAACUUGUGAGAGCGAGCGCCCGGCUCGGAGGCGAAUGCAUCCAGUCUGGGCGACGAGGACUACAGCUUGCUGCGCGUCAGGCUGAGGUCCUUCACUUUCUUCGGGCCGCCGGGCUCGAUGAGGAUUGCUAUUUUGCCAAAGGCGCUCGUGCCGCCGAUGUGCCGGAGUUUGCCGAGGAUUUCGUGCCACAUAUGCCGGGCGGGCCGGCCGAGCUUAACCCCUAUCGGGACUUGGAUGCCGAGCGCAUCACAAGGCUCACUUGCCCUGCCUACAGCCAUGCCUUAUAUGGUUCGUGUGUUGACAGGCGGGACUUUUACCACCAAGCGCGGGUUUCUAAUGCGAUAGGGCCGGUUUUCUGCCUUAGAGAUUUCUACGGCGCCCAAGCCUAUAUCGACUUUCUGGCUGGAGCUGACUCCGCCUUCAGGGCCGGUACGCCCCUUGGGUCGUGGAAGCUUCCCUCGCCCCUUCUUGCCGACAGCAAGCUCCUUGUGCAUGGGAGCUUUAAGAGCAUCCUGCAGGGCGAUCACGCCGGUGUUGAAUAUGCCUGUGCGGGCCAUGAGGGCUUGCUGCGAGCUGCUGGGGUCCUGGGGUUGCUCCGCAGGCUGGCCAAGGAAGCUUAUGCCAGGGAAGGUGUGCCGGGAUCAGACAACAAGGAUGUUGAUGCCUCCGCCGAAACGGUCGCCUCGGGCAAGGUGCUUGUCGGUUUGCCGGUGCCUCGCCGCCUUGCCCUUUCGCAGGCCUCUCUCCUUGUUGCCCAGGGCAGGUGGAUUUCAGAGGAGCUUGCCUCCAUACUGGUCGGCUGCUGGGUAACUGCCCUCAUGUACCGCAAUCCCCUGCUCUUUGCUCUUGGGAAGAAGGAUCUCGCCGUGCUUGCUGUGUUGGCUCCGGUGAUGGUCUGGCCGAGCCACUUGCGAGGCCGAGGUACCCCCGUUGUCGUUGAGCACCUUUGGCAGACCGCCGACCAGAAGGGCUGGUACACUCGCUUGGCUGCCGAGCCUGAGGACACCGAUGAGUGCAUUGCUUCGGAAUCCCGUCCUGAGCGGCCGGUUGCUUCUCGCUAUGACUUCCUUGAGGUUUGCUGGGGCGGGCCUUGGCUUUCGGUCCUGCUCUCAGACCGCCUCUGCGUUGGGCCGGUGGUGGACUUUCAUGCUUCCCCUUUCUUUAGCAUCGUCGACCCUCGCUGCCUCGAGUGGAUCCUUUACAUGCUGCAGGAAAGGAGGCUCAAAAGCGUACUCGUGGUCCCCCCGGUUGGCUCCUUCUCUCCUGCCUUCCAGCCUCGCCUGCGCUCCUGGGACCCUCACCACCGGGCCUCCUGCCACCCUCGCCUUCGGCGCGAAAAUGCAAUCCUCAAUGCAGCCAUCUGCAUCCUCCUUGUCGCGUCCAGGUGCAACGCCUACGCCCUCCUCCUGCAUCCUCUCCUGAGCUUUGCCCGGAGCCUGCACCCGAAGGGGCGCUGUCGAGCGGUUGCCCUUGUCGCUGCCCCCGGCGCCCAUGACCUCGCGCCCUUGAUCUCCAAACCUCGUGCCGGCCCUCCCUCCUUUGCAAACGUGCUGGCAGACAGCCUCGCGGCUCUGGUGAGACAGGCUUCCGACCAGCCGUCGCCAGCCCAGGGCCUAGAAGGCAUCCUCUUCAACGAUGUUAUGUUGACCUCUCGUUGGAAGGUCCGCCGCUCUUGGCCUUGGCGUGACCAUGUGCACAUCAACUUGCUGGAGGCCCGCUCCUUUCUGUGCGCCCUCCGUGAUAGGGCUCGGGCCGGCUUGAGCAGUCGUUUUGUGCACGGGCUGGACUCCUAUGUCGCUUUGGGCGCACUGCAAAAAGGCAGGACCUCCUCACAGCGGCUUCUCCCGGUGGUCAAGCAGUCGGCUGCGGUUCAGGUUGCUUUUGAUCAAUACCCUGGCCUACUUUUCAGCCCCACGAGGCUGAACACUUCCGACGAUCCGACUCGAUCGGUUGCCCUGCGUGCACCGGUCCCUGCUUCUCUUUUGACGGGCCUGCCUUCAGAAGACCUCUACGGACUGGCUUGCCUUGGUGGACUUUCGCGUGCCUCUGCAAAUCUCGUGCGCCUUGUGCUCCUGUACUUCAGUCUUCGGACAGGGUCUGGCUGCGGUUCUUUAGUUAGGUCCCUAACCCUUAGGCCCCGCGACCUGCUGCCUUUGCAGAGCUUGACUUCACAUGCUUGUGAUCCGGUCGUUGCCCUUGACUUCGACAGCACUCUUGGCUAUCCUGGGGAAGGACCUUCUCAGCAGAACUGGCGUGCAGCAGCUGAUGGCGGCCUCCAACCUCGUGACGUGCGGGGUGCAUCUCGUGCUCUAGCGCGGCAAGGCCUUGAGCUCGGGGAGGGCCGCCCCAUUCUUGAUCGGACUUCGAAGAAUCGACAGCAGCUUCUGGAGGCCUUUGACCAAUGGUUGAGGAGCUGCGGUUUUUCUUUAGAGGACCUGCUUGGAACAAGGCCCCUGGAUCCAGAGAACAUUGCAGCAUGGCUGGUCGCAUACGGCAGGCAACUCUUUGGAGCAGGCAGGCCGUACUGGCACUACAGUGAGUCUAUCAAUGCAGUUGCCGCUUUGCGUCCGGCGAUCCGCAGGUCUUUGCAGGGAGCCUGGGACUUGGCUUUCAGCUGUGCAAAGGAGCCUGCCACACACCACGUUGCCAUGCCUCCGGUUGUAUUGCUUGCUUUGCUCUGCACCUGUCUCUUCUGGGGCUGGUUGCGAGAGGCAGGGAUUUUCGCGAUGAGCUGGGGAGGUUUGCUUCGCAUUGGAGAGGCCACCGCCACUACGAGACAAAACUUGGUCCUCCCAGCUGACGUUCUUUUUUCGCAUGCAUAUAUCCUGGUACGGAUCGAGGAGCCGAAGACCAGAAUGAGGAUGGCAAGGCAUCAGAGUGCUCGCAUAGAGCAUUCUGAUCUUGUCGACCUUGUCACACUUGCUUUUAAAGACGUCGAGCGGGGGUCCAGGUUGUGGCCACAGUCUACUCAAACCUUGAGGCGGCGCUUUGACCUCGCUUUGGAGCGGAUUGGUUUACCAACACAAAGGCGGGGCACUCGGCCUUUGGACCUGGGUUAUUUCAGGCCGGGAGGUGCCACGCACCUCAUGGUUACCACAGAGGACAGUGACCUGGUACGCACAAGGGGGCGUUGGGCCUCACAAAAGGUGAUGGAGAUCUACAUACAAGAGGUUGCGGCAAGCCUUUACUUCCCUUCCUUACCACUUGAGCUGCGGCAACGGAUCAUGGACCUCGCCCAGGCUUUUACUUCAGUACUGGAGCAAGUGAAGGAAUGGAAGAACAUUGGUGUGCCUCCUUCUUCUUGGUAUGCUAUGUUCACAGCCGGCAAGCGGCCAAACUCUGGCUAA